CUUCGCCUCUCCUAGUUUUACUUUUUUUAACCCUUCCCUGCCCCUUAGCCACCUGAUUUUUUUUUUACUUUUCAUUUUUUCACCCCCCGUUCCCCCCUCUGCCACUUUCUCGCAUGAAUCUCCUAGACCCCUUCAUGAAAAUGACAGAAGAACAGGACAAAUGUAUCUCCGACGCCCCCAGCCCCACCAUGUCGGAUGACUCCGCCGGGUCUCCCUGCCCCUCUGGAUCCGGCUCGGACACGGAGAACACCAGACCCCAAGAAAACACCUUCCCCAAGGGUGACCCGGACCUGAAGAAGGAGAGCGACGAGGACAAGUUCCCGGUGUGCAUCCGAGAGGCGGUGAGCCAAGUGCUCAAGGGUUACGACUGGACCCUGGUCCCUAUGCCGGUCCGGGUGAACGGAUCCAGCAAAAACAAGCCCCACGUGAAGAGACCCAUGAACGCCUUCAUGGUGUGGGCACAGGCGGCCCGAAGGAAGCUGGCCGACCAGUACCCGCAUCUGCACAACGCCGAGCUCAGCAAAACCCUGGGCAAGCUCUGGAGGCUGCUGAACGAGAGCGAGAAGCGUCCCUUCGUGGAAGAGGCCGAGCGGCUGCGGGUGCAGCACAAGAAGGACCAUCCCGACUACAAGUACCAGCCGCGGCGGCGAAAGUCGGUGAAGAACGGGCAGUCGGAGCAGGAGGAAGGCUCCGAGCAAACCCACAUCUCCCCCAACGCCAUCUUCAAGGCGCUGCAGGCAGACUCCCCGCAGUCGUCCUCCAGCAUCAGCGAGGUGCACUCCCCCGGGGAGCACUCGGGGCAAUCGCAGGGCCCCCCCACGCCCCCCACCACCCCCAAGACGGACGCGCAGCCCGGCAAGCAGGACCUGAAGCGGGAGGGUCGCCCUCUGCAAGAAGGCGGCCGGCAGCCGCCCCACAUCGAUUUCCGAGACGUGGACAUCGGCGAGCUCAGCAGCGACGUCAUCUCCAACAUCGAGACCUUCGACGUCAACGAGUUCGAUCAGUACCUUCCCCCGAACGGUCACCCGGGGGUCCCGGUUACCCACGGGCAAACCGGUCAGGUCACCUACACCGGCAGCUACGGCAUCAGCAGCACGGCGGGUUCGCAAACCGGGGCCGGCCACGUCUGGAUGUCCAAGCAGCAGCCGCAGCCGCCGCCGCAGCCGCCGCCGCCGCAGCCGCCGGCGCAGCACGGGUUGCCGGCGCUGAGCGGGGAGCAGGGUCAGGCGCAGCAGAGGACGCACAUCAAGACGGAGCAGCUCAGCCCCAGCCACUACAGCGAGCAGCAGCAGCACUCCCCGCAGCAGCUCAACUACAGCUCCUUCAACCUCCAGCACUACGGCUCCUCCUACCCCACCAUCACCCGCUCCCAGUACGACUACACCGACCACCAGAACUCCAGCUCCUACUACAGCCACGCCGCCGGCCAGAGCAGCAGCCUCUACUCCACCUUCACCUACAUGAACCCCACGCAGCGCCCCAUGUACACCCCCAUCGCAGACACUUCGGGGGUCCCCUCCAUCCCCCAGACCCACAGCCCGCAGCACUGGGAACAGCCCGUCUACACACAGCUCACCAGACCCUAAAGCCAUUUUUUUGUUUUUCCCAAGAAAAAAAAAAAAAAAAAAAAAA